CUCAACAACUCAUUUGUGUUUCAGGUGUAUUAUUGAAAUACACGAAAACAAGAACGCGUUUCAUUAUACUAUAUUCCAAAUAAAAUACAGUGAUGAAUGCAAAUUAAAUAGCUUAAAAAAGGUGUUUUAAAAUUGACAAUUAUUUUUUGUCAUUGCAAAAUAGAACGGCUGUCGAAGCUGCAAGCAAACAGUGAGAAGAGGAAUACAGCCAGCCGCCGCCGCCGCAAAAUAAAAACCCAACCACUCAUGCUGUUCUUUCAAAAAUUGUUUGUUUAAGAGCAUAGAAGUGGACGACGGCGACGACGACAACGAUGAGUUUGAGACGUCGACAAAAUUCCAAGGAGACCCUUCUGGUCACGGAUGAAAAAAACGAAUCGCAUCAUGAAAAGACAGAUAUACGCGGCGACAAGGGCAACAUCUUGAUAUUGUUGUUCUUGUACAUCUUGCAAGGCAUACCCUUGGGUUUGAUUGCAGCUGUACCGAUGCUGCUGCAAAAUCGUGGAGCAAGUUAUAAACAGCAAGCAGAAUUUUCCUUUGCCUAUUGGCCGUUUAGCUUGAAAUUGCUGUGGGCUCCCAUUGUGGAUGCUGUGUAUGUGAAACGUUUUGGACGCCGGAAAUCAUGGCUGGUACCAUGUCAGUAUUUGAUUGGAGCAUUUAUGUUGUUCCUGUCGUGGCAGGUGGAUCGUUGGCUGGGUGGCGAUGGCGUUGAACCGAAUGUACCCCUUCUAACCGCCUUGUUCUUCAUGCUGAACUUUUUGGCUGCCACCCAGGAUAUUGCUGUCGAUGGUUGGGCCCUGACCAUGUUGAAACGUGUAAAUGUUGGCUAUGCCUCAACUUGUAAUAGUGUGGGACAAACAGCUGGUUACUUUUUGGGCUAUGUGGCAUUCAUUGCCUUGGAAUCGAAGGAGUUUUGCAAUACCUAUUUGCGUACAGUUCCCAAGGAUGUGGGUAUGGUGACAUUGCCCGAGUUCUUGUGGUUUUGGGCCUGGUGCUUUUUGGUGGCCACUACUUUGGUGGCUUUGUUCAAAAAGGAAAACAUUGCCAAGCACAAAGAUGAUGGCAGCCGCUAUACCGAGGAACAUGAAUUGAAUAUCUAUGAAAGUUAUAAAAUCCUUCUGGAUAUGGUGCGUAUGCGUCCCGUGCAGAUUUUGGCUGGAAUAUUGCUAACCGUAAAAGUGACAUUUGCCGCUUGUGAUGCUGUCACUUCACUGAAACUGAUCGAUGCUGGUGUGCCCAAAGAGAAAUUGGCGCUGUUGGUUGUACCCAUAAUACCAUUACAAAUUGUUUUGCCACUUGUCGUUAGCCGCUACACAAACGGUCCACGGCCCAUGGAUGUUUAUGUGAAAGCCAUACCAUAUCGUAUUGUAUUUGCUUCCAUUGCAUCGUUGAUUGCGUAUUUUACACCCCACAUGAUAGCUGGCGGAGAGGUGCCCAUUUACUAUUAUGUCCUGUUGGUUGUCAAUUAUGGUAUCUAUCAAAUAUUCCUGUAUUGUAUGUUUGUGGCGGUGAUGGCAUUCUUUGCAAAAAUAUCCGAUCCUGCAGUGGGUGGAACAUAUAUGACAUUCCUGAAUACCCUAUCGAAUUUGGGUGGUAAUUGGGCGAAUACAGUGAUACUGUGGUUGGUCGAUGUCCUCACGUGGAAGGAGUGUGCCCAUGUGGAUGAUACGUUGGCCGAAAAGAAUCAUUGUUUGACAAAGAAACAAACGCAGGAAUGUACAGCCGCCGGUGGUGAAUGUAAAAUCGUAUUCGAUGGCUAUUACAUCGAAUCAAUUGUCUGUAUUAUAUACGGUAUUGUGUGGCUGUUGUUGGUGCGCAAAUGGAUUAACUAUCUUCAAAAUCUACCCAACAAGGCAUGGCUGGUGGUGCAUGCCAACAAGGAUGCGGCGAAAAAGAGUUAGCAAUUAAUAGUCUGACACACAGCGAAGAGGCUAAAUUGUUGUAAUGCACAUUUCUAGAACUUACGCCCAGAGAGGAAUUCUUUUGUAUAAUUGUUGUUUAAUUUUCGCCCUUUUCUCCUUCUUCUUCAAUUUAUGCCAUAAGUUUUGCUCUGUAAGUUUUUUUUUAAUUUGAUAAACAACUAGUUUUUACAUUCGACUCUUUUUCCUCCCUUUUGAUCUUAUACACCUACACAUGGAAUGUAAUGAGUUUUAUAUGUGGUCCAUAGAAAUUAUAAUAAUUUACCCCCGCGAUAGCAUUAUAAUAUUAAAACCAAUAUUUAUCAUUUCCAUAGCAUUAAAAUAACAUUAUUAUAAUAUUUAUAAUUAUAAUUUUGUAUAAUAAUAUAUAUUGUGGAAUAGUUUUUAAAUUAUUUUCAUUGUUGUGAAUUGUCCUGAAAGAAAUUGCCCCAAAAACGAAAAAUGAAACGAGAAUAAAAUUUUGCUUAUAGAAAAAACAAA